GGAAGAUGGCGGAGCUGGCGGCUGGUGGUUGCUGAGCUACGGCCGGAGCGAGAGCCCGAGCGCGGCCGUCCGGCUGCGCGGGAGCCGGCUGCCGCCAUGUCUCUGCUGCAGUCCGCGCUGGACUUUCUGGCGGGCCCAGGCUCCGGCGCCGCAGGCCGCGAUCAGAGCGACUUCGUGGGGCAGACGGUGGAGCUGGGCGAGCUGCGGCUGCGGGUGCGGCGAGUCCUGGCCGAGGGAGGGUUUGCGUUUGUGUAUGAAGCUCAGGACCUGGGAAGUGGCAGAGAAUAUGCCUUGAAGAGGCUGCUGUCUGACGAGGAGGAGAGGAAUAGGGCCAUCAUCCAGGAGGUCUGCUUCAUGAAGAAGCUCUCCGGCCACCCCAACAUUGUCCAGUUUUGUUCUGCAGCAUCAAUAGGGAAAGAAGAGUCGGACACCGGGCAGGCCGAGUUCCUCCUGCUCACGGAGCUCUGCAAAGGGCAGCUGGUGGAGUUUCUAAAGAAAGUUGAGUCGAAAGGUCCUGUGUCGUGCGACACGGUUCUGAAGAUUUUCUACCAGACGUGCAGAGCAGUGCAGCACAUGCACAAGCAGAAGCCGCCCAUCAUCCACAGGGACCUCAAGGUUGAAAACUUGCUGCUGAGUAACCAGGGGACCAUUAAGCUGUGUGACUUUGGCAGCGCCACGACCAUCUCGCAUUACCCCGACUACAGCUGGAGCGCCCAGAAGCGGGCCCUGGUGGAGGAGGAGAUCACGAGGAACACAACACCCAUGUACAGGACGCCAGAGAUCGUAGACUUGUACUCCAACUUCCCCAUCGGCGAGAAGCAGGACAUCUGGGCUCUGGGCUGCAUCCUGUACCUGCUGUGUUUCCGGCAGCAUCCUUUUGAAGAUGGAGCAAAGCUUCGAAUUGUGAAUGGGAAGUACUCCAUCCCCGCAGACGACACGCAGUACACGGUGUUCCACGGCCUCAUCCGUGCCAUGCUGAGGGUGAACCCCGAGGAACGACUGUCCAUCGCCGAGGUGGUGCACCGGCUGCAGGAGAUCGCGGCUGCCAGGAACGUGAACCCCAAGUCACCCAUCACGGAGCUCCUGGAGCAGAAUGGAGGCUAUGGGAACGUGGCGCUGUCCCGAGCUCCACCCCAUCCCAGGGGCCCCAUGAGCAGCGGCUACGGUGGAGGCCUGGCGCUGGCCGAGUACGACCAGUCCUCUGGAGGGUUCCUGGACAUCCUGUGGGGUGGGACCGAGCGGCUCUUCAGUAACCUCAAGGACACCUCCUCCAGGGUCAUCCAGUCUGUGGCCAACUAUGCCAAGGGCGACCUGGACAUCUCCUACGUCACCUCGCGCAUAGCCGUGAUGUCAUUCCCGGCGGAAGGUGUGGAGUCGGCCAUCAAAAACAACAUAGAGGAUGUGCGGCUAUUCCUGGACGCCAAGCAUGCGGGCCACUACGCUGUCUACAACCUGUCCCCCAGGACGUACCGGGCCUCCAAGUUCCACAACCGCGUCUCUGAGUGCGGCUGGGCUGCCAGGCGGGCGCCUCUGCUGCACAACCUGUACAGCAUCUGCAGGGACAUGCAUGGCUGGCUCCGGCGGGACCCCAAGAACGUCUGUGUGGUGCACUGCACGGACGGGAGAGCUGCGUCCGCCGUGGUCGUCUGCGCUUUCCUGUGCUUCUGCCGCCUCUUCAGCACCGCGGAGGCCGCCGUGUACAUGUUCAGCAUGAAGCGCUGUCCCCCGGGCAUCUGGCCAUCCCACAAAAGGUACAUCGAGUAUGUGUGUGACAUGGUGGCAGAGGAGCCCGUCACACCCCACAGCAAGCCGGUGCUGGUGCGGGCCGUGGCCAUGACGCCCGUGCCGCUGUUCAGCAAGCAGAGGAACGGCUGCAGGCCCUUCUGCGAGGUGUACGUGGGAGACGAGCGCGUGGCCACCACGUCCCAGGAGUACGACAAGAUGAAGGAUUUUAGAAUUGAGGAUGGGAAAGCGGUCAUUCCCCUGGGCAUCACUGUGCAGGGCGACGUGCUCAUCGUCAUCUACCACGCCAGGUCCACCCUGGGAGGACGGCUGCAGGCCAAGAUGGCGUCCAUGAAGAUGUUCCAGAUCCAGUUCCACACUGGCUUUGUGCCUCGGAAUGCAACCACCGUGAAGUUUGCCAAGUAUGACUUGGAUGCGUGCGACAUUCAGGAGAAAUACCCAGACUUAUUCCAAGUGAGUCUGGACGUGGAGGUGGAGCCCAGAGACCGGCCGAGCCGGGAGGCCCUGCCCUGGGAGAGUGCGCGCACCAGGGGGCUGACCCCCAAGGUCCUCUUCUCCAGCCGGGAGGAGCAGCAGGAGACACUGAGCAUGUUUGGGAAGCCUGAGCUCCCCCGGCAGCCCGGCUCCACCGCUCGGUACGAGGCUGACGUGGAGUCUCCGGAAGCUGAGCCCACGGAGUCAGACUCACCUCAGAGCAGCAGCACGGAUGCCAAUCACUUCCUGCACACGCUGGACUGGCAGGAGGAGGGAGAGCCAGCGCUGGGCGUGGCGGAGGCCGCCCCGGGCACAGACGAGGAUGACAGCGAGGCGUCCACCGAGGAGGAGCCGCCCUUCCCCGGCGCCAGCAGGGACCCUGGGCCCCCCGAGGAGGAAGCAGUCGCUGUGGGCGAACCGCAGGGGCCCCCGCGAGAGGACGCUGUGGACCUGCUGGGGCUGCACUCUGAGAGGGGCCCGGGGCCUGCUGCCCCCUCACAGGCCUGUGGGGUCUCCUCCAGCAACGCCGAGCUGCUCAGCGGCCUCCUUGGGCUCCCGGAGGCCAUCACAGAAGGGCCCCCUGGUGACCUGCUUGGCAGCGAGGCACCCCUGCUCCUGGCCAGCCCGGCCCCUCCCCUCAGCGCACGGAGCACCCCGCAGGGGGGUCCCCCCACCGCUGCCGACCCCUUCGACCCGUUGCUGCCAGCGUCUGAUGCCUGCUCCCAGCCCCACUCCAAGCCUGACCUUUUCGGCGAGUUCCUGGCUUCAGAUCCCAUGGCCACGUCACCCCUUUUCCCCUCCACCCACAGCGCCCCGCCCCCAUCCUGCAGCACCGACUUCCUGCACCUGGGGGAUCUGCCAGCAGAGCCCGGCAAGAUGACCAGCUCCUCCAGCCACCCGGACCUGCUGGGGGGCUGGGAUGCCUGGGCCGAGGCCUCCGUGCCUGGGCCAGCCCCUGCACCAGCUGCAGAAGGCCCCCUCUUCUCUGCAGGGGGUCAGCCUGGCCCCCAGGCCACUCGGACCAAACCUCAGAACCUGGACCCAUUUGCUGACCUGGGCGACCUCAGCUCCGGCCUCCAAGGUGCACCUGCUGGACUCCCCCCCGGGGGCUUCAUCCCCAGAGCAGCCCCCUCUCCCAGAGGUGCCUGGCAGACAAGCCGGCCGCCGGCCCCAGGCCCCUCCCAGCACCCCCAGGCCAAGCCCAGGCCUCCCUAUGCCGCCAACUUCAGCGUCAUCGGGGGGCGGGAGGAGCGGGGCAUCCGAGCCCCCGGUUUUGCCCAGAAGCCGAAAGUCUCAGAGAGCGACUUUGAAGACCUGCUGUCCGACCAAGGCUUUGCCUCCAAGGCCGACAGGAAGGGGCCCAAGACCAUGGCAGAGAUGAGGAAGCAGGGCCUGGCCAGAGACGCGGACCCCUUGAAGCUGAAGCUCCUGGACUGGGUGGAAGGCAAGGAGAGGAACAUCCGGGCCCUGCUGUCCACGCUGCACACGGUGCUGUGGGACGGCGAGAGCCGCUGGACGCCCCUGAGCAUGGCCGAGCUGGUGACGCCGGCGCAGGUGAAGAAGCAGUAUCGCCGUGCGGUGCUGGUGGUGCACCCCGACAAGGCCACGGGGCAGCCGUACGAACAGCUGGCCAAGAUGAUCUUCAUGGAGCUGAACGACGCCUGGUCCGAGUUCGAGAGCCAGGGCUCCCGGCCCCUCUUCUGAGGCCCAUGACGGUCCCAGCUGCCCCGUGGCCUGAGGGCUGCUGGCCUGGCUGCACCGGGCGGACAAGGCUUGUCCCCCCUCAGCCAGGGACGGAGGUCGCUCCACAGCGUGUGGAGCCCCUCGUCCUGUCUCUCGUGUUGUCCCAGGUGGAGGUGCUGGCCACCCUGGUGUCGCCCCGCGAGCCAAAUCACAGUCCUGUACAUAAUUAAACUAUUUUCUGACGA